UCUCGCCACCAUUUCCAUCACAUUACAGCUCGAGAUAGUACUCACUUCCCUGUUUUGGCCGUUAGAGCAGGCUGUUCAGCUAAAUCUGCCACUUUCACUUCAUAAACCAGUCGCUGUGAGCUUGUCAAGAUGUUUGUUUGACUUCUUGUGAUUUCACUCAUGUGGACUGAUGACGGAUUAUUUGUACAUAAUGUUCAUAAUAUGACAGUGGCUCUAAACUCCUCCAACAUGUCGGUGGAAUCGGGGACUAUGAAGCCGGAGCAGGGACCAGUGGAGUACCGCAUUGCAGGCCUGGUUUUCUACUGCGUCGUCUUCAUCAUAGGAGUCAUAGUUAAUCUCGUUGCUUUAUGGGUGUUUGCCCUGACCACCAAGAAGAGGAACUCAGUCACUGUCUACAUGAUAAACGUAGCAGUGGUGGACCUAACCUUCAUCCUGCUGCUUCCUUUCAGGAUGGUUUACCACCACCAGGACUACUGGCCUUUUGGAAAUCUUUUCUGCCGGAUCAACGCGGCACUCACCAUCUUCUAUCCCUGCAUGGCUCUGUGGCUGUUCGCUCUGAUCAGCGCUGACCGCUACAUGGCCAUCGUGCAGCCAAAGCACGGCAAGGAGCUGAGGAACGUCCCGAAGGCCGUGGUGGCUAGUUUAGGGGUGUGGGUCAUGACUCUGGGCAGCAGUGUACCCCUGCUUCUCUCUCAGGAAGACCCCGAUCACGUCUCCAACUACAACACUUGCGUCAAGAUGCAAGACAUCAUCUACAUGCGCCACAACAACCCCGUCAACUUUGUGCGACUCGUCUUUUUCUUCUUGGUGCCCAUUUGUAUAAUGAUUGGCUGCUAUGUAGUCAUUGUGGAUAACCUAAUCCACGGCCGCACCUCUAAACUCAAACCGAAAGUGAAGCAGAAGUCCAUCCGGAUUAUUAUCACGCUUAUUAUCCAAGUGUUGGUGUGUUUUGUGCCUUUUCAUAUAUGUUUAGUGCUUCGUUUGCUGGGGAGUGGCGAAGACGGGGGUUUCAGCACAUGGGCGGUCUUUACCACAUUCCUAAUGAACCUGAGCACAGUCCUGGAUAUCAUUCUCUAUUACAUUGUCUCCAAGCAGUUCCAGGACAGGGUGAUCAGUGUGAUUCUCUACAGGAACUACUUACGAAGUGUGAGAAGAAAGAGCAGGCACACACACACAGGCAGCAUCAGAUCAAUGAGCAACAUGACCAGCGCGAUGAUAUGAAACAAAGCAUCGAACAUCAUUUCAAAAAGAGCACAAGGAUGCGUCCUGCACACGUUUUUUGUUUUUUUUUGGUACAAUGUAACGCUGAAUGCAUCGCUGUGUGCAUGGUUCAUUAUCAAAAGGAUCAAAACUUGCAAUUAAUUUUCAAGGUGUAAUUUACACUCACAGUAUGGGAGUGCUGCUGUUGUGGCAAAAACAUCUGUGUUCAGAGCUGAUUGACUCACCCAUGAGACUUGAGAUGUUUUCUGUGCUUCUUUGCUCUGGUAGACAAAGCAAGAGUGUCUGUGGCUCAGGUGUAAUACAUGCAGGCGAAAAUAAAGCUCAUAAUCUUUUAAAGCACAAGCCCGCACCGUCUCUCCGUGUCUGCUUUGUUAAGCACAACCACUGAAACUCUUGUCUACUUUCUUUACCACGUCAGCCAAGAACUAUAAAAGGCCUGACAGCCUCCACAUGGGGAAACCUACAGGAAACAAUGGUGGGUUUCUUAAAGGUUGCAGCUUUUGUUUGAUUGCUGCAUGAUUAUUUUUAACUCCUCACCUUAGAGCGCCUCAGUGCUGCAGAGAUGGAAGUGAGCAAAUCUAACCUUCAGUGCUGCAUGAUGUCAUGUGGUGUUGGUGUUAUUUUUAUAUUUGUGAAGUUAAAGCCCAACUACUUGGUACAGGACAUGAUUAUAUCACACUCCGCAGGCGUCGUAAAACUUGUUGUAAAUUUAUUGACCAGGUGAUGGCAGCAUGGCACAGCUAGAUCCCAUCUACCUGCCAGAGCACGGCAACGCAGUGCUUUUCUUUACUUUCGCAAAGCUAAUAGUGCAACAUUUUCUGCUUUAAACUUCUUCGGUAUUUCCGCACUUUACAACGGACUUCAUAAAGUGAAAUGUCUCCGUUUUUUUACUACUGUGAAAUAAUCUGUCCGCCUCAUCACAGAGAAGUUGUUAACAACAGCUUCCUCAACCAGAAAUCAGGCUAAAGUGUGUUUAUGGUGCAAUGUGAAGAGUAUUGAUUAGAUGUUAAAUGAUUCAGUCGCUUGGAGUGCAUUUACAGUAACAUGCUCAAGAGAUGUCAGGGAGGCUAUUUACUAGAUUUAAAGCAACCUUAACCUUAAAAGAGAAAACCUUUUCUACUCAGGGGUACUUCAAUGUCAGGUCUCCGCUUCGAGUGUAAGCGCCACGAUGCAAUUUAUUCUCAAUUUAUCCCUCAAAUGACAGACAAGUAAUGACUUAUAACUGGAUGUGUGACAGUUCUGUCCCUGUGAAGAGGCUUCAAAUGAAGGGGGGCUAAAAAACCUUCAUGUUUGAAUGUGAUGAUUUUGACUGGUGUCUUGCACAAACAUCAGCCAAGCUAAGAAUUGAUUUGGUGUUACCAAUUGUAAAAAAUAAUUGUGUCUGUCACACCAACGCAGUCUUAAUUGCAUUAGACAGUAAGUCAGUGUGGCUGAGUAACUGUGUAGAGUCUCUUUCAAUUAGACAGUUGGGGCACCCUGUGGUGUAACCACAUGUAUUAUAGCAAUUCUCCAGUUAUCAUAUGGCUGAUCAAUUAUGAACACAAAUACAUAAGCUGCAUUAGUUUGUCCCUUAAACAGAUUCUGACUGUGUUAAUGUUUUGUAAUUUCUUACAAACUAUAGAAACCCUCACAGUGAUUCGGUUCAUACAAGUUAUUAUUGGUUAAAGGAUAAAAGGGGUUUUGGUUGAUUUGUACAGUAUUAAAGAUGAAGAAGUGGCCAGUAUGUACAAUAAAGAAGGUGUAGAUUUAUUCUGUGUUAAAUUAGGGGAGGCAGCCUACAAGAUUUCCACUUCACAUGGAAUUCUGGGAACUGCAGUCCAUCAUACAAUGAUAGGUUUAUUGGCCGGAGGACUACAAGUGGAUUUAUAACCAAGAGGUCAAAGGUCAAAUGAAACAUCAGAGGGUCGUCUAUCUGUCCCACCUGUUAGACAUCAAAGAAAAACCAGCCGCACUGCUCACAGCAACUGGCAUUUAAAACAAUUAAGUUUCCUGUCAAGUCCCUGUGAUGAAUUAUCCGGAAGCUUUACCCGCUGUAAUUCUAAAUCUUCCCAACAAGUGCCUUUGUUGUAGAGAAAUUAAUGAAAACAAGAUUGUCUUUCAUAGGAGCUGAUCUAACAGCGCGACAGCCAGCUGCUCUUCUUUGGGAAUAAAAACAGUCAGCAUUAAACACAGCUCACACAAAAUACUUUUUUUUCCACCACUCGUGUGGAAAACAAAUCAGGCGGCAGGCGCAGUGGCCAUCUGUUUUGUUAUUUGAUAUGUGUGAAUACAUGUUGUAAUGACUUUGUUUGUGAAUCACUCUGCGCGGCAGAACACACGAGAGCUCUCGAAGUGCUGGAGUGUUCAAAGCUAAUCAUAUAAUUGGACACAAUAGUCGAUGACAAAUGGAGACGCUUGGAGCCAGCCAGCUGGGGAAGUGAAUAUGUAAUCAUUGUAAAAUCAUAUCAUUUUUGCAUAUUUGAAGACAGCUUAAUAGAGUUUGCGUGUCAGCACACUAUCAAAUGAUGAUCAGAGACAGUGUUGCUGUAUUUGUUUUCCAAACCGCGCUUUGUUGGACUAUUUAUCUCCAUCGUGAUUAAAAGUGUUUCUCAAGA